CUCCGCUGUCAGACCUCAGCGCUCAGUGCUUUGUCCGUGCGCAUUGUGUCCACACUUUCUCACCUCCCUCUCUCCAGUCUCUCCGCUCGCCCCUCGCUCCACUCCUCCGUCUCUGGCUUUUCCCUCCUCUUCUCUCCUUCUCUCCUGACGCUGUCCCACUGCUGGAGAUAGGAUCUGAUUGCAAACAGAAUCGGCAGCGGAGGAGGCAGCAGCAGCGGCAGCAGCAGCUCCAACCGUCUUCAGAGCCUGUAUCCUGCUCCUUGCUGCUGCGGCCUCAAUAGGCCCUCAGCGUGAGGCUACCGCACAGACGCAGACCUAGGGAGCUCCCAGCAGUGACAGAGCGACAGUCCCAGCCCACUGCACAUCGAUUCACACAGGAUUAAGCCGCCACAUGAUGCUUCAGCUGCAGCUGAUUUACUGUCCCUGUCAGACUUAACGUCAUCGGAGGCUCUGCCUUGCACCUGUCUCCUGUCUGUUCCUGACAACCCAGUGAACUGUGCCUCAGAGCAACAAGCCCAACGGCAUGACUGGCACUCACCUGGUUCAGGAGUAAGAGAGGAAGCCAUGGACUGGAGCAUGAGUCUGAGAGAUGACUUCGAGGUCAAUGCUUGGACGCAGAGGGCUGGGAUCUCUCUGGGCUUUCUGCUCCUCUUGGCCCUAUUUUCCAUCCCUAUCCAAGCAGACAUGGUGCUUCCCCGAGAGCACCACUUUUCAUGGAGAGCAGGCCAGUGGGGUCAGUGUAUUGGAGAUGAGUGUGGUUCUGGAGGUUUUCAAACCAGGUCGGUAUGGUGUGUACACGCAGAGGGCUGGACCACGCACCACUCCCACUGUCCUCAAGGGGGCAGACCUGAGACGCGACGGUCAUGUUUUAAGGUCUGCGGAUGGCACCAGGACCUGUUCGAAUGGGACGUAUCUGAGUGGGGUUCCUGUGUCCUCGUCCCCUUCUUUUCGAAUGAGCUCAAAAUAAGGACAGAUUGCGUAACGGCACAACAUGGUAUCCAACGCCGAAAAGUCCACUGCGUUCGCUCCACCAAUCGGACAGCAGUCUCACUCAGGAUAUGUGAGUUUUUUUCUCAGAAGCCCGCAGUGGAGCAGGCUUGCCUCAUCCCCUGCCCCCAGGACUGUAUAGUGUCAGAUUUCACUUCCUGGUCCAGCUGUAGUCGAACCUGCGGGGCGGGGCUACAGUAUCGGACUCGACAUGUCCUAGCCACACCUAUGUACGGAGGAGCGAAUUGUCCCAACCUCACAGAGACCAGGACUUGUACCCACCCCAUUGACUGUCCUGCUGGAGAGGAAGAGCACCAGUACAGCCUUAAAGUGGGGGCAUGGAGUGAGUGCAGACUACCACAUGACAAAGACUCACUUUUGAGCGGGAGAACAACAGUGGACUUCAGCAGCUUUCAGGAGAAUAACACAGUAUUACAGCACCCUCACGCAAAUCAAAAACGCACCCAUCUGCACCCGCCCCAGCACCCUCAGAGCCGCUACCCCAUGUCCUGGGAACUGGAGGUGGGAUACCAAACCAGACAAGUCCGCUGCACCCGGAGUGAUGGCAAAAAUGUCAUGCUGAGCCUGUGCUCCAAGACCACCCCCCCUGUCACCUUCCAGUCCUGUGUCAUGCCCCGACCCUGCCUGGUGUCUGAUUGGUCGCCGUGGAGUCCCUGCUCUAAAACCUGCCGCUCUUCUGACCUUUCUCCUGGUUUUAGAAUUCGAACACGGACCAUGACCCAAAUGCCUGUCGCUGGGGGCAACCAGUGUCCUGCCCUGGAAGAGAAGGAGGCUUGUAACAUUUUAGGAGACUUACUACCAAACUGCCCCAGGUUUGAGUGGCGGACUACAGACUGGGGAGAGUGUGGUAUCUCUGCUUUGCUAAGCCAGCAGGACAAACGCUUGGCUAACAUCAGUGCGCUAUGUGGAGCAGGCAUCCAGACGAGGAAGACCUACUGUGUUCAAAUCCCCGAUGACUCUACCCCACAUCACAGGAAGGAGGUGUCCAGGCCGGUGAGUGCUGGACUGUGUGGAGCUGAAGAGCCUCCUCCUGCUGUCCAGAGCUGCUCCAUACCCUGCCAACAUCACUGCAGCCUCUCCCCCUGGUCAGACUGGGGCCCCUGCCUCUACGAUAACUGCAAAGAGCCACAGGGAAAGAAAGGUUUCCAGCGGAGGAGCAGAGAGGUGCUAUGGGUGUCCAGCGCUCCCCCUGACUCCUGCCCUCAUGUGGUGGAAUCUAUCCCGUGUGAUGACCCAGCCUGUUUUUAUUGGGACAUCCGGGAGGGCUCAUGUGCUCUUGCUCAGAACUCCUGUGGACCCGGCAUAGCCCAGCAAAACGUGUCCUGUGUCAGCCAUGAAGGUGAGGAGAUGCCCGUUUCGGAGUGUGAAGACCCCCCUCCCCCCGCUGAAGUGCCCUGUGAGCGAGCCUGUCCUGGAGAUUGUGUGGUGGGCUCCUGGUCACCUUGGUCCUCCUGCUCUCACAGUUGUGCCUCCAAGACAGCAGAGGGCAGACAGAGCCGCUCCCGUGUUAUCCUCGCCCUGCCUGGGAAAGAAGGCAAAGCGUGUCCAGCUGCUACGGCCCUGGAAGAGUGGAGAGUGUGCAAUGACCAUCCUUGCAUGGUGUUCUACUGGGAAGCAUCGCCGUGGGGCCCAUGCAUUCAAGAUACCUCCAUGAUUCUUAAUGGGAGCAGCUUUUGGAAUGGGACUUCUGCCUGUGCAGUCGGAGUCCAGAUCCGCAAGGCCACAUGCAUGAAAAUGAAUUCUGGGCAGGUCAUAAAUAAGAGGUGUCCAGACUCAGCGCGUCCCCAAACUGUCCGACCUUGUUUGCUUCCUUGUAAGAAGGACUGCCUUGUGACACCCUUCAGUGAGUGGACACCCUGCCCAGCCAGCUGUGUACCAGAAAAUGGAAGCGUCGCCACCCAGUCUCGAUACCGGACCAUCAUUCAGAGGCCGUCUAAUGGAGGCCAAGAGUGUCCCGAUACACUUUACGAGGAGCGAGAAUGUGAAGCCAUUCCUGUUUGUCCGGUCUACAGAUGGAGGACCCACAAGUGGCACAGCUGUAGCAUAGUCCAAGACUCAGUACGGCGCGGUUUAGCCGGUCCUGGAGAACUGUGUGGGGAUGGACUGGAGACUAGAGGAGUCAGUUGCAUUGGUGAGAGUGGAGAGGCAGCUAACAUGAGCUCAUGCCUGCUAUGGGCUGGACCCCUGCCCUUUCAGACCCGUAACUGCAGAGUGCCUUGUAAAGAUGACUGCUCCUUCACCGCCUGGUCCAAGUUCACCGAGUGCUCUGGCUGUGGAACCUUCAGAGCCCGAAAACGUUCGCUUGCAGGCCGCAGUAAAAAGAGGGAGCAGUGCACAGAUGAGAAGCUGUACCCAUUGGAGGAGUCUGAGACAUGUCCCUGUGAUGAGCUCCUGUCCCAGCCUUUUGGAAACUGGUCCGAGUGCCUCCUAGCAAACCCUUCCACCACCAGGGGGCAUCAGCAGCAAAGGUGGAGGAGCCAGCGACAGGCCAAAGAGUGUGGGCAGGGGCUCAGGUACAGAGCUGUGGGUUGUAUGGACCAGAGCGGACGUCCAGUCAACCCCACCCUCUGCACAGAGACAGGCUUCAUGGUGGAGCUCUGCCACAUCCCCUGCCCACUGGACUGUAAGCUGAGCGACUGGUCUGGAUGGUCAGCCUGCAGCGCCUCCUGUGGCAGCGGACUGAAAAUACGCUCUAAAUGGCUCAGAGAGAAGGCUUUCAAUGGAGGUCGACCAUGCCCCAAACUGGAUCUAAAGAACCAGGUGUAUGAAGCAGUACCAUGCCACAGUGAGUGUAGCCAGUUCGAGUGGCGUAUCGAGCCCUGGUCCAUUUGUACCAUCAACAGUGUGGACGACGGGCCUGCCUGCGGUGAAGGAGUACAGAGCCGUAAGAUCAGGUGUGUUAAGCUGGAGCCACAGAGCGGUGUUCCCAGCACAGUGGAGGACAGUCUGUGUGACCAAGAGGACAUGCCCCCCAGAGCCCAGAUCUGCUCCCUGUCCUGUCCCCAAGACUGUGUCCUGUCGCCGUGGGAACCGUGGACCAACUGCCUGCAGUGUGAUCAAAACCACACAAGGACCAGAAGAAGACACAUCCUCCGGCUCCCUGCCAAUAAGAAGUCAGCUUGUCCAGAUCUCAUCCAAUCAGAGCUUUGCAUUCAAAAUUCUACCUGCUUCACAUAUGAGUACAAAGUGUCAGACUGGAGCACUUGCCAGCUAAGUGAAAAUACUAUCUGCGGGCAGGGUUCAAAAGUGCGGCGCGUUGACUGUCUCCGCGGUGACGGAAAGAUGGUGGAGGCGCACAAAUGUGAACAGUUUGGCCUGCUCAACAACUGGGCCCUCUCUGAGAGCUGUGAGGUGGACUGUCCCGUCAGCUGUGUGCUCUCUGAUUGGUCGCCCUGGGCUGGGUGCUCCCAUAGCUGCGGUAGCCAAGGUCAGUCGGUGCGCUCCAGGAGGAUUUUACAAAAUGCCCAUGAAGAGGGUCGCCCAUGUCCCAGCCAGCUCACCCAGAUCAAACCCUGUCCCAUAAGGCCCUGCUAUACCUGGGUACUGAGUGACUGGUCAGACUGCACUGUAGAGGGAGCAGACUGCGGGGAGGGCGCUCGCAGGAGGAACCUGUCAUGUGUGGUACAUUUGGGGGACUGGCCUGGGACCAUUGCUCAGCCCGUUCCCCCGGAGCUGUGUGGGGAUGCUCUCAGGAGGGCCGUGCAGCAGGAGAUGGAGCAGCCAUGUUUUGUCCCCUGUCCAGGAGACUGCCAUCUGACAGAGUGGUCCACCUGGUCGUCAUGCCAACUCACCUGCGUCGAGGGGCGGAGUUUUGAGUCAAGUGGACGCCAGGCACGCUCCAGAGCUGUGGUCAUUCAGGUCACUGAAAACCAGGCCAGCUGCCCACACCAAGUCUUUGAAACGCAGCCAUGUAAAGGAGGGAAGUGUCACAGUUACCAGUGGAGGAGCGGAGCAUGGAGCAACAACCACAGAGCCGUGUGGUGUCAGCGCUCCGACGGCGUCAAUGUCACAGGGGGAUGUUACCAGCAGAAGAAACCCACCACUAUAAGACACUGCCAUCCUCCAUGCACCAAACCGUUUUCUCACUGCACUCCGAGCGGGGUGUGUGGGUGUGAGAGAGGUUACACUGAAGUCAUGAGCUCGCACGGCUUCCUGGACUAUUGCACCAGGACUCCGGGGGUGGACAGCUACAAGAAGGCAGACGUGAAGACCAAUUCAGGGAGAUACAAACCAGGUCCGGCCCAAGCGCAGGAUGUCUUCAGCGAGUGGACACUGCGACCAGUCGGGCCAGAUGGCAGAGUGAAGAUCUGGGUUUAUGCUGUGAUUGCUGUCGGAUUUAUUCUAAUACUCUUCAUUAUUGCGUUAUCCUUCCUGCUCUGCAAGCCGUCGCACUCCUCAAAAACAGCUGCCCCCCAGAAACCACUGAGUCUGGCCUAUGAUGGAGAUAUGGACAUGUGAACGUACCUCAUACAGAAGUGCUUUCAGGAGAGUAUGGUCUACUACAUACUACAGCGCCCCCUUGAGGAGGCUCUGCUGUGCUGUAUUGCCAUUUGAACUACAAAAAUAGGGAACUGAUAAUUCAACAGUGUAUCACAGCUGGGGAAAAGUUUUGCAGAAUUAUAUCUGUAGCUGCUUUUCAUGCUGACAGGAUUCUAAUGUAGACAUUUUGAAAUUUUGAACUAUAGUUUUUUUUCUAUUGUGACUGGUUGCAACAUUGAAACUAAUGUUUGGAUCUAAAAUGUCAAAAGCCUUGGCGUUGAUCCAUAAAAAAAAGAUCUAUAAACACUUUGUCCUCUGAACUCUCCGUAGAGAAGAUAAAGAAGACUCCAGGAGUGAACAGUGACCUCUACAGGUGGAUCAGUGCACUUGACUGGACUGUCUCAUCAGUGUUGGACAUUUGACCGAGAGAAUGCAAACCGCCUUUUUUGAAUUAUGCCAUAUGCACUACAUUAGUGCUGCUCCUCUUUUCUCUCAAUGACUUUUGUAGUGUUUUAAUUGUAAUUUAUGAUGACUUGUUGCUGUCAGAUUGUGUUGACACUGAUUAUGCCAUAAGUUUUGCAAGUGUGGAAACCUGCUGAUUAUGAGUUUGCAUUGAGUUAAAUAUACAGGAUAGCAAAGCAGUUAUAAUUUACCCCAUUGACAAAACAUAGUUUGACAAGUGUAUCAUUGAUCAUUUGACAUAAAUACCAGCAAGACAGAGUUUUCUUACACAAGAGUUUAUCAAUUCAGUAUUUAGUCACACAAAGAGAGCACAUUUGGUUUAUUGUUUGGUUCCAUCUAGAUCAGUGGGUCUGUGCCAUGGGUAACAGUGAUGGGACGGGGACGUCUUAAGGUGGUCACUUUUAUUGAAUUUCUUUCUCAUAAGCCUUGGAAGGUACCAAAAUAUUUCCUGUGGUGAGAGGUUUUGAGGUUUGAGAACCAUCAAAAAAUAUUAUUCCAGAUCCCAACACGGGUCAAGUGCUUCAAAGCAUACCCAUUCCUUUUUUUUUAUUUCACAGGCCUGAAAGCACAAUGACAGCAAAUACCAAAUAUCAUAGAGCACAUAAAGCUAAAAUGUUAUAAGUAUUUAUUUAUUUAUGUAUUUAUUUGAUUCUACAUAAGAAUCUACUGCCUGAACUUCAUGCAAAAAACACAACAUCUUACCAUGCCAAUAAAUCACUCAAACAUGUUUCAGAUACAAUAAAGUACUCCGUGAUCCAGUGGAGGCAUGACUCCCGGGACUGUUUUGGUUAUAGCACAAUUUUCAUUUAACCCUGUGUUAACAGGAGGUGUGAUGUUUUUUGUUGUGUGAGUUUGACGCAUCUGAAUGUAUAUUUUCAUUAAGUCAUUAUACUAGUACAAAUAGAGUUGUUACAUUCCAUAACAACUGUAUGCUGUCAGCUCCUUGUAUGUAGGCAUGCAAGUUUUAGCAGAACAUGCCCUUAAGUGACCUUGCAGUUUAUGAUUUGUUUUAUUUCAAAUCUUGUCCAUUUGGGGAGUGAUUGUAUGGUGGAGAAUUAUAAUAAAAUUACCAGUCCAACUCCAAAUACUAAAUACUGGGUUUCUAUUGGAGCAGAUCCUAAAAGCCAACAAUCUGUUCUCUCAUUGUUUACAGAAUCAUGUGAAUCGUGUUACUAAUGUGUGUACAUGGACAGCGAGACAAAUGCAAAUAAAUUGUUGGAUGCUGUGGAAAUAAAACAUUUCAGUUUUGGCA